UUAACAAAGGACGUUAAGGACGUAGCAUGUACUCCAAGGCUUUGACGCUGUACGUGGUCAUUCUCACAUUCCCGCCCUAAUUGAGAACCCGCACACUGCAGCCGGGUGACGCACUGCGACAUCGACAUGGAAAUCGAUCGACCACUACGCGAAGAAGAGGACGAUCCGUUCCUGCAAUUCAUCCACUACGCAAAAGCAAUUUUAUCACCUCUUGGAAAUGAAGACGGAGGGGAACCGAUAGGACCUGGUUGGAGCUGGAUUGCUUCCAGAAUCCUCAAAACGUGCACCUCCUACUCCAGCGGCGUCACUGCUGCCAUUCUCCUCUCCGAUCUUUCACAGGCUUGGAAUGAGCAGAGCAGGGGUGGUGCUCCAAAGAAACAACUAGAUUGUAUAAGUCAAUUGAGGAAGAAACAUAAGAGGGGAAAGCUACAGAACACUGUGACUAUAGACUCUAUCUAUGAGAAGAAGUUCUUGUCACUGAGUAGCGUUAUUGAAGCUGUUAUCAUAGAUGUUGUUAUUCUUCCAGGAACAAAUAUCUACAUGCUUCAUCUGGGGGAUUUUUGGAGCUCUAAUACAAUUGAUUUGUAUCUCCACCGGAGGUUCUACAAGUUGGCGGAUCCUAGAAAUGGCAUUUUGAAGAAGGGACGUGAAGUGUUUGUCACAGGAUGCCGCCUUACAACUACAAAAGGAUUCUCGAGUGGUGCACGUCUUUUGCCCACUGAAUAUCUUGCUAUACUUUUAGAUGAGGAUGAAGAUGAUGAUGCAAUAAUGUUAGGUGCUCAGUUUUGUUCUGACUCCUUCUCUUCCAUAUGCCUUGAUGAAGUUAGCAAUGGUGCCUCUUACUCACUGUAUGCAAGGAUAGAAUCUAUUGGGCCAUUGGAAAUUCAAGGCAUACAUGGUAGUUUACAGAGAAAACAAAUCACUCUUGUUGAUAAUGAUGGUGUCAGGUUGAAGUUUCUACUAUGGGGUGAGCAGGUCCUGUUUGCUAAUCUUUUUAGUGUUGGAAGUAUGCUUGCCAUGGAAGCACCAUUUAUAGCAAGUUCUGCUGAAAGUGGUCUUGAUUCAAAUGAAGAGCUUUGCCUUGAAUAUGGAAGUGCGACACAACUCUAUGUUGUCCCUCUUAUUCAGCAUACGGAACAAGUGUGUGUAGCAUUGACACAGAAUCGUUGUGAGGGAUCCAAGAUGUUAAUUGAAUCUGAUUCAGGGCAGGGAAUUCCAGUUUCACAAGUGUCUUUGCCAUGUGACUCGCUGGGAUCCAUCGACUUCAGAAAUUAUCCCUUCCGGGAACGUUUGAAAUCAGCGCGUCUUGAUAUCCUUACACUGAAUGGAAAUGAUGAGUCUGGGGUCCAAUCCGGUUCGCUGGGAAAAUCGUUUGGUGCGAUCAUAUGCGACCAACAUGAAUAGCGAGUGCGAUCGAAAUGGAUAGCAAUUGCGAUCGACAUGAAUAGCGACUCGGAACGAGUAGGGAAGCGUACUAUCCGGCGAUCCAGGUAGCGUUUGAAACGCUUUCGUACCGCGAUUGGCCAUUUGUUACAGAUAUGCGUGACAAGAUGACUGGAAUCAGCCUUUAUGGAGAUGUUAAAGGCAUCCGAAGCAUGGGUGAUCACACUUUUUCUUUAAAAAUUGAAGAUGCAACAGGUGCCGUUUGGGCAAGGCUACAUUUUAUAGGAUCCUGGUCAACAGGAAGGCUUAGCAUGGGGCACACCAUCUUUAUUUCCGGUCUGUCAUGUUCUAUGACCCAACAGAAAACCCUUGAACUGUCAUGGUUUGAAAAUGAUCCUGGAGCAUCUUUUGUUAAUAUUAGCUGCCUACCGUCACUGCUUAAUUCAUCUUGUCUUCACAAAUUCUCAAACCUUUCUGAUCUAUCAGCCCAAGCUACUGGUAUGCCGUGUUUGGCUUGACCAAAUUGAGUAUUGUCACGUCGGUACGAGAUUAGCACAUGCCCCCUGCGGUCAUUUUGUAUGUGAUGAUGAGGUUUCUACUGCAGAACUAAAGUGUAACUUCUGUGACAUCAUAUGCAAUGAUGAAGUGGUGCGAACUUUCCAUCUGAGAAUAACCAUUGCUGAUAGCACUGGAAAGCUACUGGCCUGGUGUUCGGGUUAUACUGCCACCGAGUUACUACAGAUUACUCCUGAUGAGUUCUGUGACUUGCCAGAGGAAGAACAAUUAAUGUAUCCUUCUUCCCUUGAGAACGAAAAGUUCACCGUGGCAUUGGUGAAGGGUCAUGAUGUUACAGGCAAUGUACAUAAAACUGUGUCGUGGGAAAUCACACGUGCAGCUAAGUGUGAAUGAAAACAUUGUGUGUUAACAAUGAGGGCACCUGAUUUGUAUAACAUUGUGUUAUACCUCCAGUUACAAAAUUCCACUGUACACUGAAGGUGUAAUGAAAUGGAUGAUGAAACUUUCCAUAUUUGUUAAUCAAUUGACUUCACUUGAGAGUUGAGACGUUAAAAAAUAGGCUGUUACUCCGUAUGUUUCUUUUAUAGAGCAAGUGACAACCUUCAUCGUCCAUUUCAUUACAACUAGCUGAAAAGAUACUUUUAUUAGCUUUUUAAUAACCUUCAUCGUAUGUUUGGCAUAACUAGUUGAAAAGAUACUUUUAUGAGCUUUUUAAUACCUGUUAACUUU